ACCUUCUCCAACUUCGUCGAGGAGCGCAAGCACAUCUUGACACACAUGGCGGCGACGUUCCGGUUCGUGGCCCGCCAGGGCUUCACCGAGGGCAUGUCGGGCCACAUCUCGGUGCGGGACCCGGAGCACGAGCACCUGAUGUGGAUGAACCCGCUGGGGCGGCACUUCGGGUGCCUGGCGGCGGGGGACAUGAUCUGCCUGGACAUCGCGACAGGGCGGGUGGCGGGCGGGAACACGAGCCGGCCGGCCAACGCGGCCGGCUUCCUGAUACACAGCGCCGUGCACCGCCGGCGGCCCCGCGACGUCCACGCCAUCUGCCACUUCCACACCCUGGCGGGCCGCGCCUGGAGCGCCUUCGCGCGGCCCCUCGACAUGCUCAGCCAGGACAUCUGCAACUUCCACAACGCCCAGGCCGUCUACGCCGACUACGGCGGCAUCGUCUUCGGGGCGGGCGAGGGGGAGCGCAUCGCGGAGGCGCUGGGGGAGCGCAACAAGGGCGCCAUCCUCAUGAACCACGGCCUGCUGACCGUGGGGUGGACGGUGGACGAGGCCGGGUUCAUGUUCGGCCUGCUGGACCGCGGGUGCCAGAUGCAGCUGCAGGUCGAGGCGGCGGCGGCGGCCGGGCACCUCCGGAAGAACGUCAUCAGCGACGAGGAGGCGGCCUACAACUUCAGGAUGGCCAGCGAGAAGAACGCCCUGUACAGGGAGGCGCAGCCCGACCUGGAAUACGAGUUCAUGAUGGCGGGCGGCGAGGAGGUGCUCGCCAGGGGCUUCGAGGCCUUGUCUCCGCUCCAGCCGUGGGUAGAAGAAUAG